CUGGCCCCUCCAAGACUUUCACCCAUAAAGCGCUUUCACUCCAAUCACUGGCAGUCCUCCACUCAUUCAGCCACUACUUUUUGCCCUUUGGAGGGAGGGAGGCGAGGCAAAUCAAAUGGAUGGGUAGGCCUCUCUUAAGAUACUUGUGUUGUUCACCACGUAUUAUUAGUGGAAGUAUCUACAACACCAAUUCCCUACUUUACUGCACAACUGUCGCUAAUAUAAGUGGCACUAAAUCUAGUGACGAAUUUAUCAACCUCUGUUCCGAUGGAAACUUGAAAGAGGCAUUCCAAAGAUUUCGGACGGUGAUCUGGUCAGACCCACCUCUGUUUUCUCACCUCUUACAAGGAUGCAUUCUCUUGCAGUCUCUUUCCCUAGGCAAGCAGCUCCAUUCUUUGGUCAUUACCUCGGGUUGUUCUGCCGACAGGUUCAUAUCCAAUCAUCUCCUCAACCUGUACUCCAAAUGCGGAAAGUUACAGGCUGCAAUGGCAUUAUUCAAUGUGAUGCCGAGGAAGAACGUCAUGUCCUCAAACAUCUUGAUUGGUGGGUUUAUUCAAAAUGGUGAUUUAGAAAAUGCCUGCAAGGUGUUUGAAGAAAUGUCCGAAAGAAACCUCGCAACUUGGAAUGCUAUGAUUACUGGAUUUACCCAAUUUGAAUUCAAUGAAGAGGGGUUGGAUUUGUUCUCUCAGAUGCACAGAAUGGGACUCUUCCCCGAUGAAUUCACUCUCGGAAGUGUUCUUAGAGGUUGUGCAGGUUUGAGAGUGCUGAAUACUGGGCAGCAGAUCCAUGGCUAUGCUACAAAGUCUGCGUACGAGUGUAAUUUGGUUGUUGGGAGCUCUUUGGCUCAUAUGUACAUGAAAUGUGGAAGUAUGCAGGACGGGGAAAGAGUGUUCAAGGGGAUGCCUGUUCAUAAUGUUGUUGCUUGCAAUACCCUUAUUGCAGGAAGGGCUCAAAAUGGGUGCUCUGAGGGAGCUCUAAAUCACUUUAGUCUGAUGAGGAUGGCAGGAUUCAGACCAGACAAGGUUACCUUUGUUAGUGUUUUCAGUUCAUGUUCAGAAUUGGCCACUCUUGGGCAAGGCCAGCAGAUACAUGCUUUAGCUAUCAAAUCUGGGGCUGAUUCUGCAGUGUCUGUGUUAAGUUCACUGGUUAGCAUGUACUCAAGGUGCGGGUGUAUGGAAGACUCUUUAAGGGCUUUCUUGGAAUGUGAUGAGUCAGAUGUUGUUUUAUGGAGCUCAAUGAUUGCAGCUUUUGGGUUCCAUGGCCAGGGCCAAGAAGCGAUCCAGUUAUUCGAGCAGAUGGAGAAUGUAGGAUUGGAGCCGAAUGAUGUUACCUUUUUGAGCUUACUCUAUGCUUGUAGUCACAGUGGAUUGAAGGAAAACGGAACUAAAUUCUUUGAGUUGAUGGUGAAUAAGUAUAAAAUGAAGCCUAGGUUGGAGCACUAUACUUGUAUGGUUGAUCUCCUUGGGCGCUCUGGAUGUUUGGUGGAAGCAGAGGCUUUGAUCCGAUCAAUGCCUAUAAUACCAGAUGGAAUCAUCUGGAAUACUUUGUUGUCUGCCUGUAAAAUCCACAAAAACACAGACAUGGCAAGAAGGAUUGCCAAAGACGUGCUUAAGCUUGAGCCACAGGAUUCUGCUCCCUAUGUCUUGCUAUCAAACAUCCAUGCUUCUGCUAGGAGUUGGGGGGAUGUCUCAAAUGUGAGGAAAGCCAUGAGAGAGAGGCAAGUGAAGAAGGAGCCCGGAGUAAGUUGGUUGGAAGUGAAGAACCAAGUGCAUCAAUUCUGUACGGGUGAUCGAUCCCAUCCAAAAUGGAUGGAGAUUGAUGGCUAUCUAAAAGAACUGAUUUCAGAGAUGAAGGAACGAGGUUAUGUGCCAGAUACCGGCUCUGUUUUGCAUGACAUGGAGGUUGAAGAAAAGGAGUACAGCUUGGCUCACCACAGUGAGAAACUGGCAAUUGCUUUUGCUCUCUUGAGUACUCCUGCAGGUGCUCCAAUCAGAGUCAUGAAGAACUUGCGUGUCUGUAAUGAUUGCCAUAUGGCGAUCAAGUUCAUAUGUGUGAUCACUGCCCGGGAAAUUAUUAUUCGAGAUGCUAGUCGAUUUCACCACUUCAAAGAUGGGAAAUGUUCUUGUAGAGAUUAUUGGUGAGCAGGGGCUGAAUUGCUGACACCUUUUCUAGGUGUGGGUGGUGUUGAUUUUAUUUAUCUACACUUGAGUCCAUGUGAAUGUUCCUUCUCAUUCAUUUUUCUCUUACAAGUUACACUACAUGAAAAACGAUUUUGCUGAUGAA